CUUCUAUGCUGACUGUCGUGUGCUGCCUGUUGUGCCCUAAGACCAGGCACAUGGAACAAGUUACCCCAGCCCCCUCUGCUGCCUUUGAUAAUCGCAGCAGUGCACUAUUGCACUGCUGAGCUGGAAACAUGAAUGGUCCGAAAAGGGGGCGGAGCUACACGGCACUUUACUCAGUGCCAGGCCAGCCAGCACCAUCGAAGAGAGGAGGGGAGAGGAGCAGCAGCAGCACACACCGAAGCCUAAAUAUUUUGUGAACAUGGCAGAUAAUAAUAGGACAGUAAAAGAGGAACAAUGUUUGGAGGAGACGGGGAACCAUUCUCAGAGUUUUGUGAACAUGGCAGAUAAUAAUAGGACAGUAAAAGAGGAACAAUGUUUGGAGGAGACGGGGAACCAUUCUCAGAGUAAGGUCUACUUAGACUACAAUGCAACUACUCCUCCUUCAGCAGAAGUGGUUAAGGUAGUGGCAGAGGCCCUGCGAGAGGCUUGGGGAAAUCCCAGCAGCAACUACAGUGCCGGAUGCAAGGCCAAAGAACUGAUAGAUGCAGCACGGACGCACAUAGCCAGAAUGGUGCAAGGAAGACCAGAAGACAUCAUCUUCACCUCUGGGGGCACAGAAGCCAACAACAUGAUACUGUUUUCAGCUGUGGAAAAUUUCUGCAUGAGAGGCAAGGAAAGUCAGAGCAACAGUGUGGGCAAGGCGUUACCGCACAUCAUUACCUCAAAUGUGGAGCAUGACUCUAUAGCACUGCCGCUUCAACACCUGCAGAGGACGCAGAGAGCCGAGGUGACCUUUGUGCCAGUCUCUUUUACGACUGGGAGGGUGGAGGUUGACGAUGUUGUUGCAGCUUUGCGUCCAAACACAUGUCUCAUAUCCAUCAUGUUGGCAAAUAAUGAAACUGGAGUCAUUAUGCCCGUGAGUGAAUUAUCAGAACGCCUGGCACCCAUUUCUCAAGAACGCACAUCACAGGGGUUGUCCCCAGUCUUUUUGCACACAGAUGCAGCACAAGCAUUGGGGAAGAUCAAUGUUGAUGUUCAAGAGCUCGGAGUCAAUUAUUUGACCAUUGUAGGACACAAGUUUUAUGGGCCUCGUAUUGGUGCGCUUUAUGUUCGUGGAAUAGGGCACCAAACCCCGCUGCUGCCGAUGUUACAUGGAGGCGGACAGGAACGGAACUACCGACCAGGCACAGAGAAUACUCCGAUGAUUGCUGGACUGGGGAAGGCUGCAGAGUUAGUAAUCUUACAUUGUGCAGAGUAUGAGAAUCACAUGAAGGGCGUGCGGGACUAUCUGGAGCAGAGAUUACGGGCUGUGUUUGGAAACCGGAUCCGGUUAAACGCAGACUUCCCAGGAACGGCACGGCUUCCCAACACUUGCAAUGUGUCUCUGCUUAGACCCUCAGUCUUGGGCCGUGAGUGGCUUUCACAUUGUCAUUAUCUCCAAGCCAGCGUUGGAGCAGCGUGUCACUCAGAUCGCGGAGACAGCUUCUCCCCUGUGCUGUUGAGCAGCGGAGUUCCCCCAGAGGCUGCACGAGGGGCAAUUCGCUUGAGUGUGGGACGUGACACUUCCAGAGAGGAUGUGGAUUUGAUUGUUGCAGAUCUCGAACAAGCAGCACAAAGACUGGAAAAUAAAGAUAUUAACAAGGAAGACCUGAAAACCUAACAAACGGUUCUCUUAAGGACAGAUGAAAAGAUGUAUGUAAUCAUGCAUUGAAGGAGCAGGCGGAAUCACAGCCCUUUAAGGGUUUUCUAAUUUAUUAGGUCAGAAAAACACUAAUUUAUGUGGAAAAUGUAAUGCACAAUCUGCUUUUUUUUUUUUUUAAUUGAAAGCAGCAAUAUUGUAAAGGGAAAUACCAGGCUUUUAUAAAUCCUGCAGCAAAAAAUCGCUGUUCAUUACAAUACAAUAUGAUUGUAUCUCUGCAGCGGGGUACACUGGGAUUCCACAGGGUAUAAUAUCGGGGUGUAGAGUUGGAUCUUG